AUGGGAAAGGCGGUUAAGAAGGCGCGAAGAAGAGAAGGGAAGGCCUUGUCCAAGAAGGGAGGAGGCGCCAGCCUAUCCGCAAAGCGGGAGGGUUCCUUAGGUUCGGCUGGACUCACACUUUCCCGCAAGGCCAAAACGCGCAAGGGGCGUCAAAUUUUGGCUGCAAGAGAGUCGGAAUCAUACGCAGGAGUAAAGAGCUUGUUGCUGAUGCGUGGCGGCAGGUGCAAUACCGAAUUGCAAGCCUUGUUGGGGGACCUUCGAGAUCUGAAGAAGCCGCAUGCGGUGUUUCUCUCACAGCGGAAGCAGCAGGACCUGCACCCAUUUGAAGAUGCGGAGCCUAUCGAGUACUUGACAAGGAAGAACGACUGCGGUUUGUUUGCCUUUGCGAGCAGUAGCAAGAAACGUCCCGCGCGCCUCAUCCUUGGCCGGGUUUAUGAGCACGAGAUCCUGGACAUGCACGAGUUUUCAGUCAGCCAUUACACUCCCGCUGCAGCCUUUGCCUCCGUUCAGGCACCAGCCGCUGGAUCGGCGCCGCUGGUGCUGCUUCAGGGGGGCCUUUGGGAAGCUUCAGAGGAGCUCAAAAACGCAAAAAAUCUCUUUGGGGACCUUUUUAGAUCGGUGGGAGGCCCGCGAGACGGGAAACAACAAAAACUCUUUCUGGGUGGCGUUGACAGACUUAUUGCGGUGAGCGCAGUGCAGGCCUCGAGUGCAACAGCCAUGAGGGCUGAGGCUGCUGCCGCAGAGGGCGAGCGUGCUACAGCAGAAGGUGCACCUGCAGCGGAAGCAGCAGUAGGAGCGAACUCUGCUGGAGGGGGAUACAGGGGCGUGCUUAUCUGUAUUCGGCAUUACAGAAUCGCCUUGGUAAAGCCGCAGGAGGAAAAUAGGGCUGGCAGCGGCCCCGCCGUCAAAUUGGAAGAAGUUGGCCCUCAAAUUGAUUUGAAACCGGACCGUGUGCGCCUGCCGUCAGCUGAAAAGUGGAAAGCUGCCCUAAAGUCUCUCGAGAAAGCGAAGGCUGAGGAGCGGCGGGAGAAACAAAAGGCAGCGGCCGAGGAGGAAGGUUCUAAUGCCCCCCAAGGUCCCCCCAAGAAGAAGAGCAAAAACAUUACGACGAAUGUCUUUGGAGAUUCUGUGGGUCGUGUUUUCGUGGGAACCCCCGACUUCGGCCGUCUAAAACAAAUCCAGUCGCCCUUAUUGCACAAAUUACAGAGAGAGGAGGCGCUCAGAAAAAAGAAGGAAGGCAACUCGAAGAAGCAGGGUGGGGAGGAGGCUGAACAACAAUGA